ACAAUGGCUGGCUCUAAGGUAGUACUACUUACCUUCCUCGUCCUCCUAGUCAUAGGAGUAGCCUAUGCUAGACCGAAAAAAUACGCUAGUGCGGGAGGUGGAGGUGGCGGUGGAGGUGGAGGUGGCUCGUCAGGGGGUGGUUCCGGCUGGGGAUCUGGCUCUGGUUCUGGAUAUGGGCAGGCAGGUGGGUCUGGUGGAGCGUAUGCUAGCGGCGGCGGCGGUGGAGGAGGUAGUGGCGGCGGGGCGAAUGGUGGAUCUGGCUAUGGGUCUGGUUCUGGGUCUGGAUAUGGUCAAGCCGGGAGUUACGGGCCUUAUGGUGGAGGAUAUGCCCAGGGUGGGGGAGGUGGUGGUGGAAGCGGUGGUGGACAAAAUGGUGGAUCAGGAUCAGGAUCUGGUUCUGGUUCUGGAUCAGGUCAGGCAGGAGGAUACGGACCUUACGGGGGCGGAUAUGCUCAGGCAGGAGGACAAGGUGGUGGUGGAGGUGGUGGACAAAGUGGUCCAGGGGGCAGCGGAUCUGGCAGUGGCUCGGGAAGUGGAUCUGGAAGUGCAGGAUAUCCAUAGAAUUUACGCACUACCUGGAUGACAUAUGGAUGAAGCCUAUAUAGAAUGCUAGUUUUGUAUGUUGUUAUAUAUGGAUGAUAAUAAGAACUAAAUAAAGGGCUUCUCGCGUGUUUGUUUAUCAACAGAAGUGGAGCUGCUGUAAUGUUACAUACACUUUGUGAAUGUUUGGAUGUUGUUGCAAUUGCAGACAAUUAAAUGGCCACUUCUACACUCUUUAAGACA